CGCUUUUGUAACUCGAUUGGGCACAUUUACUUCCUUACCCUUGCAGUUCAGCUUACAGUUUCCACUUUGCAAAUUGGGUAAUUAAAUUAGUUAAUUGUAGGGAUGACCAUUUCGACUUGUCCCGAUUUACUCAACCUGUUUGGCCUGUUUUGGGGCAGGUUAGACCCGCCCCGUAGGCGGGGUGGGGCGGACAUGGGUACCUCAUCGAUCCGAUCCGACCUGCCCUGACCCGCCCCAUUCUCGAUCCGUUCUUGCCUAAAUUACAUGUAAUUUUAGUAAAAUUACUUAGGAUUUUCCUUUUAUUACAUUAUAUUUUAGCUAUAAUAAAGUUGUAAAUAAGUGAAAACAUCAAUUUCUUAAAUUAAGUAACCAUUGGGUCGACCUGCCCCGAUCCGCGCCCCGUAAUAAAUUACCCAACUUGGACCCGACCUUCCAUGAGGCGGGUAUGGGUAUCGAAAAACCUGACCUGGACCUACCCAUUGCCAUUCCUAGUUAAUUGGUUUCCCUUUUCCCAAUUCUCUCCCAUUUGCUCUUAGUCUGGGCAUGGUUUGAUUGAGACAAUUUCUUUUCUUGCUGAUUAAGCGCUUGAUAUAUUAAUCAUUUUUUAGACAAUACAUAUGAUAUGAACGAUAUUAUGUGUGAUUCAUUAGUAUCUAACAAAAUGAGAAUAACAAGUGCAAAUUAAUUUGUAACUUCAACAUAUUUUUUUUAAGAUCACCACGGUUAAUAUUUAUUUACUAUCUCAUUUAAUUCUUCCCAUCAAAUUUACAAACUCUAAAGUUAACAUUUAUAUCCCUCUUAAUAUGCAUGGAGUCAGAUUUUUUAAAAUUAAAAUAUGCCUUAAAAAAAUACCGGAUAAGAAAUUUAUAAAACUAACAAUAAUCAAGAACAACAGUUCGUAUGCAACCACAACUACAACCACAGAUGACAUCACGAGAACAAAGAGUAGUGUCCUCUAGAGAGGAGUAUAUAAUAGUAAUUGCAGGAUGGUCACACAAGGAAACUAGAAACUAGAAACUAGUAAGAAAGGGAUCUGAAAUUAACACAAACAAACACAAAAUCAUUCAAAAAGGUUCCUUUAAUUAAUUAGUGGGGGCAAAAGAUUGGAUUGGGAACAGCUAAAAUUAAAUGUAGGCAUCACCUUGUCUUUUUAUAUCUGUGUUUGCUGUUCCCCAAAACCCACUGAGCCUUCCCCUCCCCACUCCCCAUUAAGAUAAUCAUACAUGGCAGUGUGAUUCCCUUCUUUCUUGAAUUAUAUGAUUAACUUAUAAUAUUAGUGAUUAACAUCAUAAAUAAAAGAAUUUAGUUCCUCUCCAAGGGUUAUUAGAGCAUCAAAAUAACCAGAAAUGCCCUCAUCUUUAGCAACUAGGAUUUAGGAAUGCAGUCGGAGAAGGGACAUAACCGUCUUUUACCACUUUUCAAACAUGCAUUGGCUUCCUAAAGCUCUCAGCUCCCAGUCCCACCCUAUCAUUCGCCUGAAGGCGUGGAACAAUGGACAAAACAGAAAACCCUACAAAAUUAAGAAAAGAAAAGUAAAUAAUUAUCAACUUUCGCCUAUGAUGGAGUGAGAGAAGCACAGUAUUGAGCCAGUGAGUGAGACUGUGAGAUUGAGCGAACAACAAAGAAAAUGGGAAAGGAAAGAUUGCUGCUUUGGUAGACAUGAACAGAGGAAGCUCUCACCACCAGCAGACUCCUCUGUCUCUGCAUUGUUAGUAGCGGUCAGCCAAGGCAUGCAGUCUCUCUCUCUCUCUCUUUCUCUCUACGCUCAGCAAGUUCACUUUUUCUUCUUCUGUGUUCAGUUUGCUUUACUGCUGCCGAUUGGUCCCUCCACUUGCUUUUGCUUUUCUUCUCCUUGUUCCUCAUUUGCUUUAUGAUGUCUCCCAUUGGGUACUUUUGUCGAUUCCUUGAGGGGACUAAUCCAAUAUGUACCAAAGUUCUCAUCUUUGGGGUAGUUUCUGAGCCUUGCUUCAGAUGGGUACUUGGGUUUUUCUCUCUUUCCAUGUUCCUUCCACCUGUUUGAUCUCAAUCGGAUUAAAAUAACACUGUUAUUGAGCUUGAAAGGGUUUAAUGAUGUGGUUCCCUCUGCUUGCCAGUUUGUUGCCUUUUCCUUUUCAUUUCUCUGGGAGAGAGAUCUAAACAAGUUGAGGUGGAGGGGAAAGUGGGGCAUUGUUUCCAUUUUAAUUGAUUGCCUUGGAUUGGAAUGCAAGUGAAGGUAAGGGAAAGUGUUGUGUGCUGCUAAGCUAAUAAUUGCUGCUUAGCCUUUUGUUCCCUCCGGUGGUUGUUUGCUUUAUUGCUUUUCCUCUCAUAGGGAGGGAGAGGGAGAGGCGGAGAGAGAGAGAGAGAACAGAAGCUCUCUUUGUUUUGUUAAAGGGAAAAACUCUCAAUAGUUGCAGUUCCAUAGGGAUCAAAUGCUGGGUUUUUCUGUGAGCCUUUUUCUUCUUUAGCUUCUGAUCUCAAAGCUUGAAAUCAUUGAUGAUGGUGAGCUUUCUUUCUUAGGAGAUUGAAUGUUCUUAAAGCAAAGGUCAUUGCUUUCUUGUUACAAACCAUUGGAAAAUGCACACAGAUCCCUCAUUAUAGCUUUAACCAGCUGUUUGAUAUUCAGCUUGUUUUCUACGCCUCCUUUUCUGUUUUCCUUGUGUUAGUUCUUGAUUACAAUGCUAUUGAAUCUGUUUCUCUGGUUUGAAGUCUAAUGGUGUUUCUUCCAAUUGCACAGUUGCUCAAAUUCUCAUGCUUUAUGUUGUGUAGCUUUGGUGUUUGGUAAUAUGGAGCUGCUAUUAUUAGUCAAGUCAACAGUUUAGGAGAUCAAUUCACCUUGUGUUGUCUUUUUCAACAACUCAAUUGCUUGCAUUGUUCUUGUCCGUCUCUCGCAGGGUUCCAAAUCUAGCAAUGGGAUUAGAAAUGGAGUUGGAAUUCAAGAAGAAGAGCAGCACUUCAGAUCUGAGUCCUAACACUGUCCUUCCGCUUAGACAAUGUUCUGAAUCCGAUAGCAAAACUGCCCACCAUCAGAAUCUCUCUCGUAAAGAUCAUUUCUUGAGGGUAAAGGAAGGCUUCACAGAGAUUAGCUUCCGCCGUUAUCGUAGUACCUCUUGUAAGAAUGUUCCAUCUUCUAGGCCUUCUGGAUUAUUAGCACCUAGCGUAGACCUGAAGCGAGGUUCCAUGUAUCAAAGCUCCAGAGAUGUAAUGCGAAUGAAGAAAAUGGAGUCUUCUUCUUAUAAUGAAGGAAGGAGGAAGAUCGAGUUGUCACGUGGUAGCCACACUUCUUUCUCCUUGGAUGUUGUUGAGUCAUUGUGUAGCUCAGAUGAAGAGGAUGCUCAGAAGGUGCAUCCUGCAUCAGCAUUAGAAGCGAAAAUGAACCUGAUUUCUGGUCUAAAGCCUCGUUUGGAUCCUCCUUGUCCAUCAGCUGAUGCAUUUAUCGAAAUUUGUCCAAAUUUGGUUGUCAGAGAGCGACGAGAUGCUGGAACUGUUGGAAGAAGUCAUUUGAGAAGUGAGAAUGUAGCUGGUCCUCAGAAUGAUGCUAAUUCCCUCCUCGAAAGAGAUGUGCCAACGUUUCACAAAACACUAUCUGCUAAGCUAGAAAUGCCUCAUUCGCCUUCUUCUGCUUCUGAGAGUGAUUGCUCCACUCGUGGAAGUUCAAAGUCGAGAUUCGUACCAAUCAGAAAGAUGUUUGAUCCGUUCAUGAAGUCAAAGUCUCUGCGCAGUCCAUUGAGCAAUGCUCCUUAUCCAAGUGAUCAUCCUAAAGCCAAUGGGACAGUGGCAGCCAUGAGAAGGAACGAGCUCUUAAGAAAGUCUCUAUUACAUGACUUCUCACAUACUUCUCAGCAGAAUCAUCAUUCUUCAAAUGUUGCAAGUUCAGCAGUUCACCUACAUGGCAGUCUCAAGUUGAAGAACAAAAACAAGGUCCCCUACUUCGAGUUCUCGUUGUCCUCCCCCGAGGAAGUUCUUGUGGCAAAGACUUGGAAAGUAAACAAUGCUUCCAAGUGGGUUUACACUUUCCACUCCGUUUGUAACAGAAAAAGGAGCAAUGCCAGUGGACGAGGUGGGGCUGACGAAAGCAAGGAGUCCAUGGUAGUAGCAGGGCAGAUGCAUGUCUCCUCAUAUUUGCAUUCCGAGGUACAAGAUUGUCCUCUGUCAGACAACUCAAUGGUGACCGAAUUUGUGUUGUACGACAUUGCACAUGCGAGAAACAGUGUUUCUUCAGAAGGCUCCCCUGAUGUCAACAAAUCUAGUAGCAAUGGCUCCUUCCCUUGUUUGGAUGGUGGGAUGCAUCAUGACACGGAUGAUGGUUCAGCUACCCUGAGUCAUAGCAGUUCUCCUCACAACAUGUCUGUCAGUUUGCAGCCUGACCUCGAGAUUGCAGCAAUUGUUAUUCAAAUCCCUUUUGCGAAGAGGGAGAGCUUGAAGUACAAGAGAGGUUACAACAGUAGGAAGAAAGUGCAUUUGAACCUGCUCAACCUCUCCAUGGCUGAGAGAAGUGCAAAGCAAAGUCCUGAUCGGGAAAGUACAGAAAAGGUGAAGGUGGUAAUUCCCAUGGGAAAUCACGGCCUGCCUAGUGAUGCCGAAUCCCAGGGGCCAUGUUCAUUGCUCGACCGGUGGAGGUCAGGUGGGGGAUGUGAUUGUGGGGGAUGGGAUAUGGCAUGUCCCCUCAAUGUUUUUGGAAAUCCUGACAUCCAAUGUGGUGAAGAUGAACCUCUCGUCGAUAGCCAGAAGCCGUUGGAGCUCUUUAUUCAGGGUACGAAAGAGAAGACACCAGCACUUAUGAUGAGAGUAGUGGAAGAAGGCGAGUAUGCAGUUGAUUUCCAUGCAAAGCUAUCCACUUUACAAGCAUUUUCCAUCUGCGUUGCCAUGCUGCACGGCUCAGAAGCUGCAAGCGCAGUUGGGGAUAGCAGAAGGAAGAAGAAGCCGAUGCUGCCACAUUGCAACUCGCUGAAGGUACUGAUAGAGGAAGAGGUCAAGUUCUUGAUCGAUGCAGUGACGGAGGAAGAGAAGAAGAAACCUUGUAAGAAAUUGGAAAAAAAGCAGCAGUCUUACAAGCUCAAGCCUCCAAUAUCUCCAUUUUCUCGGGUAUAGUAGACUCAACCACUCAAAUGAAGAAACAGAAAGAGCAUUGCUUUUUGGAAAGCAAGAGUCCGACUUGCAUCGAUCGGGAGAUCAGAUGACCAGGGAAGAGAAUGAUGUUGUAAGAUGUACAAUUGAAAGUUUUGAUCUUUCCCCUUUUUGGUUCUGGAAGCCAUUGGUUUAGAGUAGGGAGUUAGAGAUAGGAAACACAAAUAUUGUGCAUAAAGUGUGUAGCUCAAGAAAAAAGUUAUAGCAGGGAAGGAAGUACAGAUUUCCUUAGAGAGGAUAGAGUUUAAUUCUUAAUGUGCUAUUGGGGGUUACGUUGUAUUAUAUUAAAUCUGUCUCCAAAGCUGCUGCUAGGAGUUCUUUCUGCAACCUUUUCUGCUUUCUUCUUAGGUUCUUCAAAUAAUAUGAUGAAGCCAUGUUCUAUCUGGAAUUGGUUGCUGCUGCUGCUGAGAUUCAUUUGCAUGACGGUCUGUUUUGGCUCUUUCAUUCAUUGCGUCCCCUGUGGAAUUAAUAGUGGUAAUGUGCAUGAGAUUUGGAAGAUGCUCAGUAGCUGUUGUUCAUAUGGGCAUGGAAUCAAAGAGUAAUCAUAUAUUAUAUGUGGAUUCUGGUUUUGGAUCUUCCUCUGGAUUUUGUUUGUCUGUGUCCCACAGAAUCAAGUCAAUUUGUUGCCUUUCCAUACGAGAUGGGUUUUGUAUUUUACAAUGUGGGAGUAAGUUUGCAAUUUGUCGUUUGUCCUAUGUGAGGGAAAAAGAAGAGUCUGGGUUAGCAGCAUAAAAAGAUUCAAAUCGACGCCGUUGCCGGGGAUCGAACCCGGGUCACCCGCGUGACAGGCGGGAAUACUUACCACUAUACUACAACGACCUUGUUGUUACGGUUUUCCUCUAUUAUCCUAACCUACCUGAUUAGUGACAGAAAAUUGAUGUCCACUAGAUAUCUCUGAAAGAACAUAUAUUAUCUUUGACUUGUCUUGUCGUAUAAAUUUUUUUGUGUCUUCGAUAUUUUUGAAUAAAAUUCAAGCUAACUAAUUAUAAUAAUAAAAUUUAUUUUUGUAUGAACAUUAUCACUGAAUUAGGUUAUUAGCAACAUUUCAAGACAAUUAAUACAGUAUGUUUUUAUAAAUGAUAUUUUGUAAAAGAAAAUUUAAAAUUUGAUAUCGUGUCUUAUAAUAUAUAAAUCAAUUUUAUCAGAUCAAUAUACUGUGCUAUUUUAUUUGCACUCAACACCACCCCCACACAACAACAUAGAACAACAUCACAAUAACAAAGCUAUUCAUCAAGCGUAGAAAAAUAUAAAUUAUGAAUAACACAUCACAAUAACAUAAGUUAUUCAUCAUUUUUUUUUAACAUAGUUAGAUGAGCCUUUCUAUUAUGCUAUAAAGUAUAGGUGCUUUA